AAAAAGAGAAGAGAAUUUUGCGCUGGUGAGGGAGGAGGAGGAGAGGGGAAAGGGCUUUCGAGUUCGAGCAAGGAAAAAGCAAACCAACUCACCCUCCUUUCCUCCCGUCCCUUCUUGAUCUGAUCUCAUCCAAUUCAAUCCAAGAUGAGUUUCUUGUUCGGGAAGCGGAAGACGCCCGCCGAGCUCUUGAGGGAGAACAAGAGAAUGUUGGAUCGAUCAAUCAGGGAAAUUGAGAGGGAGAGACAAGGACUGCAAGCCCAGGAGAAAAAACUUAUCACUGAGAUCAAGAAAACAGCAAAAGAAGGCCAAAUGGGAGCUGUCAAAGUAAUGGCAAAAGAUCUUAUUCGUACACGACAUCAGAUUACAAAGUUCUACCAGCUUAAAUCUCAGCUUCAAGGAGUUUCUCUAAGAGUUCAGACACUGAAAUCAACUCAAGCUAUGGGUGAUGCCAUGAAAGGUGUUACAAAGGCUAUGUCUCAGAUGAACAGACAACUAAAUCUGCCAGGAUUGCAGAAGAUUAUGCAAGAGUUUGAACGGCAAAAUGAGAGGAUGGAGAUGACGAGUGAAGUUAUGGGGGAUGCUAUAGAUGAUGCUUUGGAGGGUGACGAGGAAGAGGAUGAAACUGAGGAACUCGUGAAUCAAGUCCUUGAUGAAAUUGGCAUUGAUAUUAACCAAGAGCUUGUGAAAGCCCCAUCAACUGCUGUGGCCCAGCCCGCUGCACACGGGAGGGUUGCCCAGGCCGAAAACGCCGAGCAUAAUAGUAAUGGUGGAAUCGACGCUGAUUUGCAGGCAAGGCUGGACAAUCUGAGGAAAAUGUGAUUGUUUGCAAUAACAAAACGAGGAGGGCCUUGCAACUCUAUUUCCUGUCAAUAUGUGAAUAUAUAUUCCUCAAAAGUUUACAACAAGUAAGCGUGUAUGUGGAAGCUAGUGUAAUAAUAAUGGUGAUAAGCAACCUCUCCUUGCUCCAAAAUCGCAUUUCUUGGUAUGAAUGAUAAUGAAGUAAUUUCGAGGCUGAUAUUGGCACUGUA